CUUAGGCAUCUAGCAAGCAGAAUGCACUUGGGCUCACCUGCGAUUAUGAAGCUCCAGCAUUUGCCUUUCUUGCUUGAUGGAGUGGAGAAAGACCAGAUUCCUGUGUUUGAGAAGAAGCCACUUAUCUGGGAGGAAGACAUGGAGCUUUACUCAAAAAUUUUUGACAGAAAGGAAGAACUCAAAGCAGACUACUCCUCCUACAUCAGACAACACCCUGUGCUAAAGGCUUUACUGGGGGACUUCCUGCAAUUUCUGCUGUUGAGGAAACCUCAGGAUGUUUUCUCAUUUGCUCAUGACUUCUUUGCGCCCUUUGUCUCUCAAAGUACUCCAGGAAAAUCCCUUAAAGACUCUCAAAACUUUCCACAGGAAUAACAAACACGUACCAAUUUCUGACAUAUUGAAAAUAAAGGUUUUCUUCUA